AUGUCUUUCUCAAGUCUAGUCCAAGACUUGACUCUACGGGAUGGAAACACCCCGCGCCAACCCCGAGGUAACUCCUCGGUCUCUACCGUCGACGACAGAGCCUCCCACGUCUCUCGAGCAAGAUCAUACGCAAGCACCGCUGCGACUAGCGUAAGCCUUACUGGUAACAUCUCAAGUCAGCUUCACAGUGGUUACCACCACCCUCUCGCCAGAUCAUGGCAAGCUGAGCGACAAUUGACAAAGUCAAUGUUGAUUUACCCUCUCUUUAUCUCAGAUAUCGAGGAUGACGAGACUUUAAUCCCCUCUCUACCCGGCCAGUACCGUCGAGGCCUUAACAAAUUGAUCCCAUUUCUGGAACCACUAGUACGAAAAGGUCUCCGAUCAGUCAUUCUUUUCGGUGUCCCUCUUAAGCCUGGUACCAAGGAUGCUCUAGGUACCGCCGCCGACGACCCGAAAGGUCCGGUUAUUCAAAGUAUCCGCCUACUGCGACAGAGAUUCCCUCAGCUUUACAUCGUCGUCGACGUCUGCCUUUGCGAAUAUACUUCCCACGGUCAUUGCGGCAUCCUUAGGGAUGAUUCGACUCUUAACAACCAACUAUCAGUGGAGCGAAUCUCUGAUGUCGCCCUCGCCUACGCCCAAGCUGGCGCUCACUGUGUCGCUCCGUCUGAUAUGAACGAUGGCCGUAUUCUAGCCAUUAAGGCGAAGCUAGUGGAGGAAGGAAUUGCGCAUAAGACUCUCUUGAUGUCAUAUGCUGCCAAGUUCUCGGGAUGUCUUUACGGCCCCUUCAGAGAUGCCGCCGGCUCAUGCCCCUCAUUUGGCGACCGGAAAUGCUACCAGCUACCACCAGGAGGACGUGGCCUCGCACGACGAGCUAUAAUCAGAGAUAUCGGCGAGGGAGCCGAUAUUAUCAUGGUCAAGCCUGCCGCUCAGUAUCUCGACAUUAUUAGUGACGCGAAGGAGCGAAGUGAGGGACGUCCCAUCGCAGCCUACCACGUGAGUGGCGAGUAUGCGAUGGUACAUGCUGCCGCAAAAGCCGGUGUAUUUGAUCUCAAGACGAUGGCGUUUGAGGUCACCGAGGGCAUCCUCCGUGCUGGUGCAUCUAUCGUCGUUAGCUACUUUACACCUGAGUUUCUUGACUGGUUAGACAACUGA